UUGUUCUAAUGUUGAGUAUCCCUCGUCGAUUACUUCUUAGGACUAGCUUUUUAAAUACUCAAAGAGAACAACUUGCAAGUAGACAACAACAACGUUUAUUAGCUGAACGUGCAGCAACAGAACAACGCCCCGUUGUUGUUUUUCAGAAAUCUACAGAAUCUGACAGACGUGAUUCUGAGUCAUCAGGUGCAGGAAUCCUUUCAAAACCAGCUAGCACAGCUGCCAGCUGGCUCGGUAAACGUGUACGACAACAACAAAAACAGAAAAAACAACAAGAAGAAGAUGAAGAUGCAAAUCAAAAAAACGAAAUAACAACUUCCCAACAACAACAAACAUUAAUUAGACAUCGUCAAUAUCCACAAACUACCAAUUAUCAACAACAACAACCUUCAACAUCUUCUACCAAUAUAAUUCAACAACAACAACCUCCCCCACAUUCCAUUACUGACGGGAUUACACAAACAGCAAGAAUUCCACCCCCAAGAAUUAUGCAACAACAACAACAACAAUUACAGGCAAAAAAUUCUUUUAAAUAA